CAGGCGGAGACGAGUCAGUCAUUGCCCGCCCGGGUGAGCUGCCUGACGCCUCGGGAGGAAGCCUGCGCUCCGUUUCGCGUAUCUCGCCCCACGUUCACUUCCAACGCCACGACAAGUACGCCCCCUCCUCCCUCCCCGUGGAUUAAACGCAGCAGGAGGUGGAGAACCUCCGCCCCAUGCGAGCGGGAGAAGAAGACCGACACGAGACGAGAAGAAGCGCAAUGGGAGCCUUCGGAGUGCUGCUGGGGGCUUUGCACUACGCGGGGCUGUGCGUCUCCACCAGGCACGCUGGGCACGGACAAGCGGAGAACCGCAUCGGCGGACACGCCAUGUUUACGGAGGUGCCUCAUGAUGUGACCGCUCAGAGGGGUCAAGAUGUGGAGAUGGCCUGCUCGUUUAGGGGGGCCGGGAUGCCCUCCUACUCGCUGGAAAUCCAGUGGUGGUACAUCCGCAACCAUAUGGACUGGACAGACAGACAGCCGUGGAAAACCAAUGAGGUAUCUCCAGAGGAGGAGGGGCCAAAGGAUGCUACAAAGAUAAGCGUAGUGAAGGUCGUGGGAAGUAACAUCUCCCACAAGCUCCGCCUCUCCCGCGUCAAGUCCUCCGACGAGGGCACGUACGAAUGCCGAGUCAUCGACUUCAGUGACGAAGAAGAAGCGCGCCACCACCGCGUGCGCGCCUACCUGCAGGUAGUCGCCGAGAGCGACGUCAUCCCCAGUAACCGGUAUGACAACUUCCAGGUGCCGGAUGACACCAAGGGCGAGUCGGGGUUCGAGCGCGCUCACGGCCACCCCCAAGAUGGGGGGCGUGCCCGGGAGCGCGGUAAGCGACCUUCCUCCGCCACGCAGCACAGUCACCCUGCCGGUAGCCAUCAGCGCCAAGCAGGCAGAGAGCUGAGAAAGCGGGAUGUGGACAGUGAGCAUCGCAACAACGACUGCUCCAAUGAGCCCAGCUGUGCGCCGUAAUCGGAUUCCGUCUGAAAAAGUGAAGCACGUUGCAAAUUAUGUGCAUAAAAGCUACACUUUCCACACCGUGCCAAACCCAAAAUCUCAUAUCAAUAUAUAUAAACAGUUUAUUGAGAGCCCUGUGAUUGGAAUGCGUGGCUUUCCUUUUGAAAUGUGUUUUAUUUUGUCAGUCGCGGAUGACUUCACAGCAUUCACAAGACAAGCUGAUGUGUACUUUUUUGAAAAUGACCAAUUUGAAGUUGGGCACAAAGCUGCACUCGCAAUUCUUCGUUGCGCAGAACAAUAAAACAGACGAGCACUCAGCAGAGGCAAAAUUGGAUCAAAAGUGAAAACUCAUUUGUAAGUUAGCAGGCUUCCUCGUUUAUGAAGGAUUAUGUAAAACAUUACAAAUGGAUGGAGGGGGCCAUUUUGAUGAUGCGGUGCACUGCUCAUUUUGCACCAUUUCAUGCAGGGGUGUCAAACUCAUUGUCGUUCAGGGACCGCACGCAGCCUAAUUUGAUGUCAAAGGGGUCGGACCACUAAAAUCAUACCAUACUCGAAAUAAUAAUGAAAUGGAAAAUCUUUAGAUUGUGACAUUUAAAAAAAAAAAAAAAAAUCAUUUUAUGAAAAAACAUUUCUUGACCAAAAAAAAAAAAGGUCUUCCGUUUGUCAUCUACAUGUGAACAUUUAAAGGCACAAAAAUGGAAGUCACAGGUAUUUGGAACUGAAAAAUAGAGUAUUGCACUAUUACAAUUAAAUCAAUCCAUGAAAACUAAGAAUGAUUACCAUUCCAUUUUCUACAUGAGCAUAACAUGUCUCAACAUUAUCCUUAGGCCUGGCCACCACAAUGUUUUAUGUAUUUUUCCACUUUCAAGUUCAUGCUGCGGGCCGGAUUGUACACCCGAGUGGGUCGGUUUUGGCCCACGGGCCAUAUGCUUGACCCCUGAUAUAAUGGGUUGGUUUUGUGUUUUGUGGAGUUUUGUGAAACGUAGUUUUGUAAUUUUUGCAUGAUCCUGCUCAUUAACUCAGUAACCAUUAAACACAAAAAGCCAUUUUAAGACAACGUCUCACAUCCUCUCAAUGAGAUUUGUUUGUCCUGGAUUUAAACUACAAAGUUCAUGGUUCAAGUGAGACCAUUUUUAUUUUUCCUCCCAAGUGGCGCAGUUCAUAUGCAAACGCAUGUCGCUGCAUAUCCUCAGAUCGGAAUCGGGCCGCUAUCGACACAUUCACUGCCAUCGACGGCUUUAGAAGUUAAAUAUCCAUGUUAACUGGGAAGCCCGGCAGUGAACGAGUUAAAUGCGGAUGAAAAGAGGAUAUGAAUCGACCAUCUGCCAAUGGGAGGGAAGCAUAAACAGAUUGGAUGCCAUUUUUAUUCUGCUUCCAUUCACACCAUCAUGACUAAAAUGUACAAACUUGGAACUGAAGUGCGCGGGUUCUUCCUGGAAGCAUGUGCCGCCCCUCGACGUAGUUUGCCUAAUCCUGCUAACAAACUAACCAAGCAACAGGGAUGGAAAACACUGAAGUAUUUGUUUACAUUUGUCAGUCUUCAUUCACAUUAUUUAUUCAGUAAAUAGUUGAAUACUUUUAUUCAGUGAUUGUCAUGAGUGAAAUUGAGCUGUUACAUUCAAAUCACAGUUGAAAGAAAAAAAUCCAGUAUUCCACAUGGACCUCACUUAUUCAAUGUAUACAUAAGAACUAUGAAUGUGCUUUUUGGUUAGGACACUUUCUUAGACGAAAUACCAUCUUGGUAUAUUCAGCCUUGUAUUUGAAUGAGAAUAAAAAUCAUAAUAUGUUCAUCAGCCAUUAACAAAGCCUCAAUCCUUUCAACUGUAAGCCUCUAAUCUACUUUGUAUAGAACACUGUGUAAUAUGACAUGAAGUGAAUGCAUGUUCGGUCAUUUUCUUAAAAGCCUUUUUAACGAAAUAUAUACAAAGAUGGCGCAUUUACGUUCCCCCUCCUCCAGGAAUUCUUUUGAAAUGUAUGUUGUUGUAUUUGAUCUGCUGUUUCUAUGUAUUUGUUUUUCUUGUUAUUUUCAGUUUGUUUUUCCAAAAGUGCUGUACAGACAGAUGAAUGACACUUUCAAAAACGUAUCUUAGUAUUUACCAAAUCUGCCCAUCAUGUCAGUUUUGGGACGUUGGUAAAGGCUUAAGAGACUCCAUUUUACCUCUGCCAUUUGUUUUGUAACCGCUCAUAAUGAUCUUGUUGUGUCCAUGCUUGAGUGGAGCCCAGGCGCUAACUUCGCUCCAAAGGGAUCAAACGGGACAAAGUGAAUAUUUGGCAUGAUUUGGAUGCGUCCUAGUCCGCCUCGAAGACCUCGUGGAAAGUUCCGCUCGUACUCAAAGGGAACGACAAACCUCCCAGAAGAAGACUUUAUGAAAAGGCGAAGGCUCGUCAAGGAAAUAAGAGGGAACGUGUAAAUUUCUCCACGCAUCGUUUGAUCUCAUGCUAAAGUGUAUGCCUUUAUCAAAGAAACAAUA